AGCAGCAAGAGGAAGGGAAUCCAUGGUGUCCAUCGUCGACCACCGCGGCCGCCCUGCAUCCAAAUCAACCUCAGGCCGAUGGAACGCCGCCCUGUUCAUAAUAUGGCUGGAGAUUGCAGAGAGGUUUGCAUACUUUGGAGUUUCUUCCAAUCUGAUCAUUUACCUGACCGGACCGCUCCAGGAAUCAACAGCGGCCGCUGCAGCGGCGGUGAAUGUUUGGUCUGGUGUUGGUUCGCUGUCGCCGAUUGUCGGAGCCAUUGUAGCAGACUCAUAUCUUGGUCGGUUUCGGAUGCUUCUGGUUGCUUCUGUUCUCUUUGUGCUGCUGCAGGGUUUGGGCUUGCUAACCUUAUCAACUGUACUGCCUGGUUUCCACCCACCAAACUGCAAGCAGACUGCACAUGACAUGGCUUGCAAACCAACUACUUUUCAAGUCUCAGUCUUUUACUUUUCUUUGUCAAUAGUGGCACUGGCUCAGGGUGGAUACAGAGCAUGUGCCUUGGCUUUUGGAGCCGAUCAGUUUGAGCAAAAUGAUGCUGAGGAAAGUGCAUCUAGGAGCUCAUUUUUCAAUUGGUGGCUGUUUGGACCAAAUAUAGGCCUUAUCGCAGCAUUUGUUUUCUUGACAUACAUUGAGGAGAAUAUUGGCUGGAGUAUUGGGUUUGGAAUAUGCUGCAUUGUCAUGGCAAUUUCUCUUAUCAUCUUCCUUCUAGGAAUCAGAAAGUAUCGUUACCACACUUUAGAAGAAGAGAGCUCCUUUGCAAGAAUUGGCAAGGCAAUACUCACUCUCGUUCAUAGCUGGAAAGCCCGAACUCGUGGAAACUGUAGAGGCGAUUAUUUCUCAUCUACAGAAGCAGCAGAGGUGCUUGUCCUGCAUGAACCUGACCCUAAUAAUUAUCGACAAAUGGAAGAAGCAAAGGAAGUAUUUCGAUUAUUGCCAAUAUGGACGAAUUGCUUAGUCUAUGCCAUUGUAUUUGCACAAUCAAUAACUUUCUUCACAAAGCAAGGAAAGACGCUUGAUACAAGAAUUGGCUCCAAUGUCCGACUUCCACCUGCUGCACUAUUAAGCAUUGUCUCAAUCGCUGUCAUCGUGUUUAUUCCCAUGUAUGAACACAUCAUUGUCCCUCUAGCAAAAAGAUAUCGCAAGGAACCUUUGGGAAUCACAAUGCUACAAAGAAUUGGUAUUGGAAUGGCAAUUUCCAUAGCCUUCAUGGUGAUAGCUGCUCUAGUAGAGAAGAAGAGACUUAAAACAGCACAAGAGUAUGGGCUGAUUGACCAACCAAGUGCAACGAUUCCAAUGAGUCUGUGGUGGUUGGUUCCACAGUAUGUUCUGUAUGGUAUUUCAAAUGUGUUCACCAUGGUUGGAAUGCAAGAAUUUUUCUAUGAUCAAGUGCCAGAUGCUCUGAGAAGCAUAGGGGUCGCUCUUGCCUUCAGUGCAUUUGGCAUUGGAAGCAUUCUAAGUGGUUUUCUUGUUUUAGUAAUAGACAAGGAAACCCGCAAGAAAGGAGAGAGUUGGUUCUCAGAUAAUGUAAACCGAGCUCAUAUAGACUACUUCUAUUGGCUGCUUGCAGGACUAAGCAUGGUUGGGUUAGUAAUCUAUCUCUUCACAGCAAACUUGUACAUAUACAGGAAGAAAGGAGCCAAAAUUUAGUUGAUGGAUGUAUAUAAUGAAAUUCAUGUGUCCAUGUACUUGUACCAAUAAAUUCAUCGCACAUGUUUACUUAGUGUAAGCAGAGCACAACGCUGGCCUCAAUUGAAAUAGUUAGUAUUUUUUGCACAUAAACAAAAAAUAUCAUGAUAAGAGAAGAAAUUUGUGUGUGU